AAUAAUAGUUUAGCGUUGACCGUAGUAGACUCGAAUUGUUGUUGUUGUUGUUGUUGUGGUGAGUGUUUGGGCACGAUGGCGGAGGCUCCUCCGUCUCUAUUAUCUGUGUGCAUCGACGCUCUCACACAACAACUUCUCCGUCCAUGCGAUGAUGAUCUUCUUCCUUGUAUCUACGAUCUUCCUUCUCACUUACUCGACACCUUAAUCACGCGUUUGCCCCCUUUCGCACUCCGCACAUUCCACCACCACCUGCCAUUCGACGAGGAAGGGUUUUCUCACGACGACUCAACCAAAAAGCGAAAACGCGCAAGGGAUUGGAAUUUAAAUUCAGCUUGGCAGAGGUUGUUUCAGCUACGCUGGCCUGAUCGCGUUAAGCAGAUUCAUAGAACGGAUUGGGAGCAACUCUAUUGGGAAACUCAUUUGCAAGAUUGUUUAGAUGAAGCAGUGGAGGUAGCACUAAUUCCAUCUUUUACUGGAUAUAUUGGUGACAUACAGAUUUCAGAUAGCAUACUGAAAUAUAUUGGCUUUGUGGGGAAUACAAACCAUUCUACUUGUGACCAUUCAAAAUUGUCUUACCAUUGCCUACAAUUUGGCAGCCAUGUGAGUUGCCUGGGGCUGCAAAAUGUUCUAUGUACUGCAGAAACUAGUGUUUUGUUGAGGGAAUGCAAGCUACAGAGUCUGGUACUUAGAUGUAUCAGAUCCAAGGAACAAAUUGAUGGAUUAUGCAAACUUCUUGCUCAACAUUGUAGAACGUUAACGUCUCUGGAAUUUGUUCACUGUGCACUCUCAACAGAUUUUAUUAAUGCAAUAUUUGGCUCUUUAGUCAUAGAGAGAGUACAAAAACAUGGGAUCCAACAUUUGUCAAUCAUUGCCACAAGUUUUCUGGAACCAUGUACAGUUUCUUUACCUAGUGGACUCGUGUCAUUUUUGUCUUCGGGAAGGUCCUUGUGCUCAUUAAAAUUAUCUGAGAACCACCAUGGAUGGACUUUUGCCAAAGAUCUUUUUGUGACUCUUCUCAAUCUUUCAUCUGGCAUAUCUGUCCUUGACCUUUCUCGGAAUAGAAUAUCAGGAUGGCUUUUUUACUACAGGAGAUCCUUGAGUGGUUCACAUCUGUCGUUUGGAAAUGGAAAGUCCUUGAAACUGUUGCGUGUACUCAAUCUGAGGGAAAACAAUUUAGGAAAAGAUGAUGUACAACAUCUUAGAUAUGCUCUUGAACAUGUGCCUAACUUGGAGGAGCUGGAUAUAAGUGACAAUUCAAUUGAAGAUGAAGGAAUCAGGAAUUUAAUUCCCUAUUUUGUUGGAGCAUCUGAAACCUGUCCUCGCAUAACUUGUUUGAAAUUAGAGAACUGUGAUCUGUCCUGUGUUGGAGUGAAUCUUCUCCUACAUUACCUUUCUACUUUCAAAGGACCAUUAAAGUCUCUUUCUAUUGCUGAGAAUUACCUUGGCAGACAAGUAGUUGAAGCAUUGGGAAAUUUUUUUCACACCCCAAUCGAAGUACUUGACAUUGCAGGCAUUGGAUUGGGUUCUGACGGUUUUCAAGAGCUUCAAAGUCUAAUAAAAGAGGAGAUUAAGCUGGUGAAAAUUAAUAUAAGCAAAAAUCGUGGUGGGACUGAAACUGCCAAAUUUUUGUCCAAACUCUUGUCACAGGCUCCACAACUAGUUGAUGUGAAUGCAGCCUGUAAUCUUAUGCCAAUAGAAUCACUGGCCAUCAUCUGCUGUGCAUUAAAGUUUGCAAAAGGUAAUGUUCAGCAAGUGGACUUGACAGGACAUAUAUGGGACUAUAAGCCAGAGCAUGUUUCCCCUUACGCUGAAUUUGUACAUAAUGGAUUACCUAUAUUGGUUCUUCCAUCACCAUCAGUCUCUGCUGCUCCUCACGACCAUGAUCCUUAGAAUUAAAAUUUUGUGCGAUUUCAAUUUAUGUUGCAUGGCAUAUGCAGUUAAUAGUUCUCUUUGUUUCUUCCUUCCUUUAUCAUUAUGUAUGUUAGCAUAGUUUCAUACAUAAUGCUUGCAAACAUUUUAUUGGCUGUACAGCAAAGUUAGAGAAGGGAAAUUUAACUUGUGUUCAUAUUGAUCAAUUUUUCUUGUGUGUUUCAAGCAAUGUGUUUUUUUAACCUCUAUUUUUGGGGUUGUUUUUCUUCCUAGUUUCCCUUGUGUUUUGUAAUUUAAUGUAGUUUGUAGUUCAUUAGAUGCUGUGCAACAGAACAUGGACAAUCUGGUGUAUCAACUAUGAAGAUGCAACGAAAAUACUUGUUUGGGGCUACUUUUGUAUGAACAGUUGUCAUAGUGGUUCGGAAAUCUACUGUUCAUUUCUAUUGGAAUGAUUACCCUCA